GCUUUUCCCAAAUUCAACUUGCUAGUCUCGGCUCAUGUUUUUCUUUAAAAACCAACUCUGAUUAAACAGAAAUCGUAUUUGAGGGUAUUUUUUUUGUUUUGGUCACAUCACAGUCGCCUAUGUCUGAAUAGUUUUUAGCACUUUAAUCUGUUUUUAACCUAAAGCAGUCUCGGUCUCGUCUCAUGUCUAUCGUAAUCGAAAGAAAUUUGCUUAGUCACAUCACAGUCGGUAGUGCCGGAAUAAUUAUCUUUCUUUUCACAUAACUUUCUACAAUGAGACUAUACCAAGCAUUUGAUUCCGAUUUCCCAUCGAGUGCCCUUGGCCGCCAGGACGUGCACAUGUGGGGCCACUGGGACGUGCACUGCGACGGAUGCGGCAGCAGCAGACUGGUCCACUAUCGCUACAAGUGCCUGCGCUGUCUGGACUACGACCUCUGCUCCACCUGCAAGGAGAAUGGGGUCUCCAACGGGCCGCACGAUCGCGCCCAUCCACUGCAGUGCCUAAUGGAUCGUGCCGCCCUUGAGCUGCACUUCGCCGGGGAGGCCAUUCCGACCAUGUGCGCCGACAGCUUCACGUGCCCCGUGUGUGGCAAAAUGGGGCUGUCCCUCGAGGACCUGAAGGAGCACUGCAAGGCAAAACAUCGCCUGACGCGCACAGUCGUUAUUUGCCCGGUUUGCGCGGCGGUGCCAGCGUCGAAUCCGAUUCGCAUCGCUCACAUUGCCAGUCACUUGAUCUUCAUGCAUUCGUCCAGCGCUCAGCGGGAUCCGGAGCCCGCUUCCAGCUCAGUAGCGCAGGCUGGGGGCUUCCAUUGGCCCCAGGACUCUGCCGUGGGCUCGGGCACUGGAGAUGGCACUGGCAUUGGCAUAGUGACCCAACACACUUUUCCCACCUCGCAAACUCCGCAGGUGCGCUUCCUGCUGCCCAGAAACACGGCCCCCUUGGCCGAUUCCGAGGAUCUCAGCGAUAAUGAGAGCUUGGAGCUAUGAGUCCUUCGAAUCAGAACCACAAAGGAGCACUCCACUACAACAUUUUGACAAAAGACUAAACAACAACAAGGCAAACGAAAACAAGCAUUUGCAUCGUUACAAAAUUCGCAUACGAUAUUAUAGAGUUCGUUUUUUCAUUUUCAUAUUGAAUGACGAAUAUUGAGAAUAACUACACAUUCCGUUUACACACAUACACACAAUCAUGUAUUGUCGUGCUUCUGCUUAAAUAUAUUACUUCGUUCGAUUCAA